AUCCUUCACAAUUCACAAUGACAGAUAAAAAAACACCUUUCACUUAAAUGACUUAUGUAACUUCAUUAUUUUUCUUCUAUUAUAUUUUAAAUUAAAAUGUAUACAAUAUCAAAACAACUAACAAAAGGAUUUCUUUAAGUAGAAAAAUUGAAAUAAACGACAAAAUCAUGACGUUACCCGAAGGAUUAUACUAUGUUUUAUCAACAGUUUAUUUUAAAAUGGGAAGGUUAGCAAUUACUUGUAACGUACAGAAAGGUCAACCGAUACCUGAAGAAUGCGACUGUAAUCAAUUUAGAUUAGAAUUCCUUAAAGCUCAUAAUGAAUAUCGAAACAAACAUGGUGUGCCUCCAUUAACUCUAAGCGAUGAUAUUUGCGAUUAUGCUCAAGAAUGGGCAGAAGCUUUGGCAAUUGGCGACGCUUUGUUAUAUCGCAAACGUCCCCGCUAUGGAGAAAGUAUAAUGUCCGUCUAUUCAAACGAUCCUCAUUUUAAAAUCUCUGGAGACUUUCCAGUUAGUAUUUGGUACGAUCAAAAAAAUGAUUUCACUUUUGGAGCGGAACCAGAAGAUUCAAAAUCUGAUCAUUUUUGUCAAAUGGUUUGGAAGAACACAAAAAAUAUAGGUAUUGGUUUGGCUAGAAGUGAAUCAGGAUCUUAUUACAUAGUCGCUAAUUAUCAUCCCACAGGAAUUCGUGCGGGGCAAUAUGUUGAAAACGUACUUCCUGACGCAGGAGACACUAAACCUCCAAGCUUUAUCGAUGAAAGCAAAAAGAAGAUGCAGGAAGUACAAGAGGUAAUCGAUAAAAUGGAACAGGGCGAUCCAUCUGCUUUACCUGAUUUAACAAAAGAACUUCAAGGAAAAGCACAAGAUGUUGUUGAUACACUUUCAAAAAUUAAAGAAGAAUCUGAGCACAUCAAAAACGUACCCGACCUACAGAAUGUUAAAGAUAAAAUAGACGAAAUAGCAUCUACAUGGCAAAAUAUCGCCGAAAUAAACCCAGAAAAACAAACUGGGGAAACGAAUGCUGCGUUAGACGAAAUAAUUGGCGCCAUAUCGGAAUUUGGAGAAAAAAGAGAACAGGCAAUUCAAAUGGCAGAUGUUACCGAUGAUGCGAGUGCCAAAGCGGAUGCAUUGAUGCAAACUAUUGGAGAUAUGAACGCAGAUGCCGAACGUGUGCCAGAAUUAUUUGAAGAACUUAAAGGCAAAAUGUUAGAAUUGAUACAAGCAAUUGAUAACAUAGAUGAAAAACGAACAUUCGGCAUUCAGAUCCCCGGUGUUGCUGAUAAAAUUAUUACCAAUAUUGACGUUUUAACCAAUGCUGCGGAACAACUGAAAACGGACGAAGAAUUUGUUCAAGAACAAGCAGAUAUUGUUGGUGAAGUUGACCAGAAAACGCAAGAAGUUGUCGAAGCUGCUGAACAAAUUAAAGCUUUUCAUCUGUAGUAAAAAGAAAUUUUUGCUAUUAGACAAAUUUUGAAAUGAGAUUUGGAUUCAAACAGAUUUUAUUGUGAGGUAUAAAGAAAAAUUCAUUCGCCACAAAAUUCUCUCAAAAAGUAUGUAUAUUCAAAAGAAGUUAUUGUAUAGUAUCGUACCUAAGAAUCAUGUACGAAUGUGAAACAUAAAAUUAUUGUAAAUAUUCCUUGCUGAAUAAUGAUGUAUUGUUGUUAAAUUAAAUUAAACGUAUUAAUAAACAAAAA